GUUUUGACAGAAUCCAACGUGUAUAAAGUCGUGGGCUGUAGGAAAACGCGAAGCAAAACGGUAAAUUAACGUUGCGUGCUGUCUCCAGAAAGUACGGUGGUGUCCACGUUACUAAAUUAUCUACCUGCCAAUAAAGUGAUUGAAAGUAAUAACGAUUAGUCUUUAGAUUGCACAAAAACCAAAAUGAAUAGGGCACUAAUAUUCACAUCUUUGUUACUCAUAGGAGUAACAUAUAGCGUUCAGGCACUAAGGGAAGGAGACUGUGAAGUGUGUAUAGCCACUGUAACUAAAUUUGCAAAUACAUUAACCGAUGAUGUUAAAAAAGAUCCUAAACAGAUCGAAGAGGCAUUCAAAAACUACUGUGAGGGUACCAAAUUAAAGGAAAAUAGAUUCUGUUACUACAUGGGUGGUCUCAAAGAAUCAGCUACUGGCAUUUUAGGAGAAUUAAGCAAACCUCUUUCAUGGUCAAUGCCAGCUGACAAAAUAUGCGAGAAGCUGAAGAAGAAAGAUGCUCAGAUUUGUGACUUGCGCUACGAGAAACAAAUAGAUCUGAAUACAGUAGAUUUGAAGAAGUUAAAGGUACGUGACCUCAAGAAAAUUUUGAAUGACUGGGAUGAAUCUUGCGAGGGGUGUAUUGAAAAGUCUGACUUCAUUAAGCGGAUUGAGGAGCUAAAGCCAAAAUAUUCAAGUAGCUCAAAGACUGAGCUUUGAACACGACAUUUACAUAGUUUAAUUUUCGAAUUAGUUUAGGUGGAUCAUUUUUACAUUAUUUAAUUGUGCAAGGAAGCUCACUGAAGCACUUUAUCUGCAUCAAGCAUAUAAAUAUGCUUACACCAUACUUUGCCCUAAUGUCAACAACUCAAAAUGUCGUACAGGGUCAAUCUGUUUGAAUAGUUGUUUCAUUCUCGUAAUGUGGCUGAAUCUUUCGUGCGGAUCCAUUUACACUUGAAAUCGUGAACCUAACGUUUCCUUAAUUUUCUAAAAACUAAAUCGUGAAGAAGAGUCAUCUAAUUUCGAAAAAGAUAUAUGUAAAUGUAUCAAAUCUAUCAUUUACAAUAAUUACUGAUAGAAAUAAUAUUUUUGACUUCGUUAGAGUAAUGGGACAUUGAUCAUUAUAGUUCGUAAUACACUUUUGUUGCAACUUUAAUUGUGCAGUAUUUCUUAAGCACUUUUAAUUAGCCAAUUAAGAAUUAAAAUUACAGCAACACAUGAUCAGAUGCGGGUGCAUGUAAAAAAAAGAGAUAUAGUCUUUCUUUGCUCCAUAAAUGAAAAAGAAUUUGUUUAAGUCAAGUAAAAACUGUAUUCUAAAUCUAACACAUCCAUUGCAGUUUUCUUUUGAGUCAAUUUUUCACCUGAUUUCCGUUGUUUAUAAUAAAUACACAUAAUUUUUAUGACAAAAUAUCAUAAGUUUAUGAAUAACAAAUAAUUUUAUCUGAGUAUUUAUUUAUGAUCAUUGCCUUAACUUAGACGGUAUUACUUGGAAAUUUACUGCUGAAUAUACCUCAAUAUAUAAAACUGUUUUUAUCAA